AUGGACUCGAGUGGGCAUAAAGUUAUUGUUGUUGACAAUGGUACCGGGUUUGUGAAAUGUGGUUUUGCUGGUACGAAUUUUCCUUCCUUUAUAUUUCCUUCUGUUGUUGGUCGCCCAAUUGUUCGGUCUUCGUAUGAAAUUUUCUUGGAAAUAAUUGUUUAUAUUCAGGAUCUGAUGAUUGGUGAGGCUUGCACUGAAUUGCGGCAAAUGCUUGACACGACCUAUCCUAUGGAGAACGGAAUUGUUCGCAACUGGGAGGAUAUGGGUCACAUCUGGGACUAUACGUUUGGGCCAGAAAAGCUGGAUAUUGACCCAAAAGAAUGCAAAAUAUUACUGACUGAACCUCCCUUAAACCCAAAUAGCAACAGGGAAAAGCUGUUCCAAGUAAUGUUCGAGCAAUAUGGGUUUCAUUCGAUAUAUGUGGCAGUACAGGCGGUGUUGACGUUAUAUGCACAAGGUCUAUUAACUGGUGUAGUAGUAGAUAGUGGGGAUGGUGUUACUCAUAUCUGUCCUGUAUACGACGGUUAUUCUUUAAAUCAUUUGACGAAAAGAUUAGACAUAGCCGGUCGCGAUAUUACGCGUUAUUUAAUUAAGCUUCUGCUUCUUCGUGGUUAUGCCUUUAAUCAUUCUGCCGAUUUUGAAACCGUUCGGAUGAUGAAGGAAAAAUUAUGUUAUGUUGCCUACGAUGUAGAACAAGAACAACGGCUUGCACUUGAGACAACUGUACUUACCGAGCCAUUUACGGUACCGGAUGGGCGUGUUGUUCGUGUUGGUGGCGAACGUUUUGAAGCCCCAGAAAUUCUUUUUCAGCCCCAUUUGAUAGACGUGGAGAGGGCUGGCUUGAGCGAAAUGCUCUUUGGUGUUAUACAGUCUGCAGAUAUCGAUAUAAGGCUAGAACUUUACAAACAUAUCGUUUUAUCUGGUGGAACUACUAUGUACCCUGGUUUACCAAGUCGUCUGGAAAGGGAAUUAAAACAAUUGUAUCUUGAACGCGUGCUUAAUGGAAACACUGAAGCUUUUCAGAAAUUCAAAAUUCGUAUUGAGGCUCCGCCUCGUCGAAAACAUAUGGUGUUCCUUGGCGGUGCUGUUCUCGCAAACUUGAUGCGUGACAGAGAUGAUGAUUUCUGGGUUUCGAAGAAGGAUUAUGAUGAAGGCGGUUUAGCACGUUGUAUGAAAAAGUUAGGCGUGAAAUGA